AUGCAUCAUUUAGGAAAUGGUAUGUAAAUGUUUUAACAUGAAAACUACAGUACUCUGUCUGAUCUGGCAGUCACACAAGAAAUGUAACCAUACCAAGUUAUUUUUACGUUCCAGCUUGCAAAGACCCUAAAGCGUUAGGAAUGCAGAGCGGAAAGAUCCCAGAUUCAAGAAUAAAAGCCUCGAGUGGAUUGAAUGCAUAUUAUUGGGGUUACAAAGGGAGAUUAAAUGGGAGUGAAUGCUGGGUUGCUCAGCCAUCAACAACCAACCAGUGGCUGCAAAUUGAUUUCAAAUAUAACGCAACAGUUACAGAGAUUCUCACACAAGGCCACACAGACAAAGAUCAAUGGGUGGCAAGCUACACUGUUGCUUAUUCUGACGAUGGCGUGAAUUUUGCAACGUACAAAGGGGAUGAAGGGCAAGAUAAGGUAACUAUCAUAUAUUUUUCAGCUCUACAGCUCUUGGGCAGGUUGUAGGAAAAUAAUUAGAAUACCAUUUUGGGCAUCUCACUCGAUAGAACUAAUUGCAGAAGUGCUUUGUAGAUGGAAUAUUUUAUACAUUUAAUAGACCUGACCAGGAGCAGUUACGAAAAAUGCAACUAUAGGCCCUCUGUAUAAAAUUGCAUGUUUCAAAUUUGAACUCGAUAAUUUCGUUCUACAAAACCAUUCUAUAAUACCAUAAAUAAUUGAAAAAACUACUGAGGUUUAGCCGAAAUACUUGAGAAAGAUGAGGAAUUUUCGACAUUUCAAGCGAAGGCAGGAAGUGUGGAAGUGCUUUCCAUUAUUUAUCAGAUAUCUUGCUAUAUAAACACUUCCUAUGUUUGGUUACAAUCAAUGGUAGACUAGAAAAUACAUGCAUGCAGAAACCCUCGCCUUGCUGACAAAACCGUUGUAUUUUCCGAAUUAACAUGAAGUAUCUAAAGUAGUUGUCAUGGUAACACAAUAAUUUUUUAAGAAUAUUCUUACAAAUGAAAAUCGCCUAAAAAUAUCACUUUUAAUUACAAAAUUAUCAAUUUCCCAACAUAUAUAUGUUAGGUAUGUAAUUAUACGUAAUACAAGCUUCAAUUUAAGGUAAAAUUCAACCACAAACAAUUCACAAAACGUUUUAAAGUGUUCUUUAUAAAACUAAACUGCCUUUAUCUAUUAAAUGGCUUUAUCGAUAAACUUUGAGUUUGCAAUAAAAUGAUUUCAAAUUCUCGCUUGCAAAUAACUUUGCUUUAUUUUUUAUUUAAAAAAUUCAAUAUAAUAAAAAAGGGAAUCAAUAUUAAAGAUACACUGAAAUUAUAUGCUGUCUUGUUUAGUUGUUUCAUAUACGCAAAGGCCGUCGGGUUUUAAAGCCAUUAUAAAAUCAAUAUUUAAAACAAACUUACCUUCGUUAACGUCGGCUCCCUUCUUUUAGCUGAUUCUUUCGCCCUUUCUUUCUUGAAAUUUACAAAAUCUUGCAGAAAUACGAGCAAAAAUGAAGAAUAUUUGCAAGAAAUUUAUCAAUCAUCAACUCAUCAAAUCAAGAAAUGUUUGCUAUUUCGCUGUCGUCAUGCAGCCGUUAUAAUGCAAACUUUAAAUUGGACCAAUCAGUGUCCGUUAUUCAUGACAGUCCGCCAUAUUUUGAGAUCAGUGAGGAUGACCACCCAUCGUUGGUGACCGACGCCCGCGCUCAUUGAUGAACUUUAGACUUCGCUAAUGCUUUCGUUUCCCCGGGUGUAAAUAGCCGGGGGGAAUUAGUACCCUCGCACGGCGCUUCGCGCCGCCGGCUCGGGGAUUAAGUACUUGACAGUGACUUUGCUCUCUAAGCCUAGCUAUAACUGGGAAACUCACCUGAGUGAGAUCUGCAUGGUCUUGGUUAAAUUAAAGUGUAUAGUACAAGUGUAGUACGUCGUAUGUAAAACUGAAAAGGUUGAAAAAUACCAGUUUUAGACUGGUAUUUUUCAUAAGGUUAUAAACCUUUAUAUAAAAAUAAAUAUAGAAAAUGAGUUUAACGAAAUCCAAUUUGUGAUCGUAUGAGAUACGAGCUAUCCUAGUUAGUCGUAGACUGCGAGGUGUCCCUUCUUUCCGCGGGUUUAGAUUUCCGAGCAUGCGAAAGAAAAGAAGGGACUGCCGACAACACAUCAAGAAACGGAAUACGCGUUGCUCACAAAACGCAAAAUUUCAAUCAAGAUUUCUAUCAAAUCUGAUACGUAGUAAUUAUGCUAUCAAUAAUUUCCAGACUGAAUGUUGAUUAUAUAAAUAAACAUGAUAUUAAUUUAACGGUUCCUAUUGGAUUGAUUUAAUUAGAUAUAAGUAAUGUUUAUGCAAAGGCGGAGGCAACUUGACAAGAGCGAAAAGUGGGCGUAUUUCGUUUGUCGAUGUGUUGUCGGUGGUCCCUCCUUUCUCGCGAGGGACUGCUCGUGGUCUAGGUUAGUUGAAAUGUUGUCAAGUGAGAUAAAAUUUUCCAUGUGAAGGCUUUAUGACCUUUAUUCCACCAAACCGGGAUGAACAUUGUUGCCGAUUUUCACCUAUAAUCCCCGAGCCAACGGCGCGGAGCGCCGUUCCGGGCGUAAACCCGGGGCGAGGGAACUAAUUCCGCCCGGCUAUUUACACCCGGGGAAACGAAAGCAUUAGCGAAGUCUAAAGUUCAUCAAUGAUCGCGGGCGUGGAUGACCAACGAUGUUGAGUGGGUGGUCAUCCUCGCUGAUCUCAAAAUAUGUGGCGGACUGUCACGAAUAGCGAACACUGAUUGAUAAAAUUUAAAAUUUGUGGUUGUAUGACGAAUGACGACAGCGAAAUAACAAACGUUUCUUGCAAAUCAGCAAAUAUAUUGUGUUUUGCCUCGGUUUUUGCAAGAUUUUGCAAAUUUCAAAACCUUUUUGAGAGCGAAAAACCGUCUGAAAACGUCUAAAAGAAUGGAGCAAAGUCGCCUGCGUUAAUGAAGGUAAGUUUGUUUUUAAUAUUGAUUUAUUGUUUGCUUUUACUUUUAAGAACAUUUUAAAACGUUUUAAUGACAAAGAUUUUGUAAAUUUCAAAACCUUUCUGAGAGCAAAAAACUCAAUGUUUACCGAUAACACAAUAAAAGGCCGUUUUAUAGUUUUAAGAACAUUUUAAAAUGUUUUGCGAAGCGUUUGUAGUUGAAAUUUACAUUAAAUUGAAGCUUAUAUUACGCAUAAUAACUUUUUGAAAUAAAUAGUUGUAUGAAAAUGUUGUCCUGUAUUUACUUUCUUAUGAAUUUAAUACAGUUUAGAACGAGUAAAACAGAGCUUUAAUCUACAGAGCAAUUUUGAUCAACGCUGUUAGAAACAUCGCCUGCCACGGCUUGAAAUGCUAGCGUACUUUACAAGACGUGACAAUAUGCAUUUUGUCGUGGACUACGUCUGAAACUCCAAAUACACUUUUAAUUAUUCAUAUAUUUUGUGCCAUAGGAUUAAUGAUAUUGUAUUGAUAGCCAUCGUCCUGAUGCUGCCGUCUUACAUGCGUAAACUCCCUAAUGUCAUCCCACCGAUCGAUGCGGGAUAUUUGGUGGGUUAAAAACAGUCAUACCAGAAAAUACAUGCAUGCAGAAACCCUCGCCUUGCUGACAAAACCAUUAUAUUUUCCUAACAUGAAGUAUUAAAAGUAGUUGUCAUUGUAACACGAUAAUUUUAUUAAGAAUAUUUUUAAUAUUGACAAAUCUCCUAAAAAAUAUCACUUUUAAUUACAAAUUUAUCAAUUUCCCAAACAUAUAUAUGUUAGGUAUGUUAUUAUAAUUAUAAUACAUAAUCUUAGCUUCAAUUUAAUGUACAAUUCAACCACAAGCACUUCGCAAAACGCUUUAAAAUGUUCUUUAUAAAACUAAACUGCCUUUAUCGAUAAACUUUGAGUUUGAAAUAAAAUGAUUUCAAAUUCUUGCAUGCAAAUAACUUUGCUUUCUUUUUUAUUUAAAAAUUUUAAUAUAAUAAAAAGGGUAAUGAAUAAAGAUACAGUAAAAUAAUAUGCAGUCUUUUUUCAUUAUACGCAACGAUUAGCUUUUAUAGAAAUUAUAAAGCAAACAAUACAUCAAUAUUUAAAACAAACUUAUACCUUUGCUUCCUUCUUUUAGCAAUUAUUUUGCCUCUAUUCUCAAAAAGCUUUUGAAAUUUACAAUAUCUUGCAAUAUUGAAAUAUAUCUGCAAGAAAUGUUUGCAAUUUCGCUGUUGUCAUGCAGUCGUUAUAAUGCAAAUUUUAAAUUCGACCAAUUUUGAAAUCAGUUAGGAUGACCACCCACGCACGGUAACCCAUGCGUCCGCGAUUAUUGAUGAACUCUAAACUUUGCCACAGAUUAUAAAUUACUGUAUAUAUAAUAAUAAUACAGUAUAAUAUAUAAUCUGCGACUUCGCUAAUCCUUUCUUUCCACGGGAGUGAAUAGCCAAGCUCACCUGAGUGAGAUGAAUGAUCACCGUAUAGUUUGCAAUCAUAUUAUCAGACUCAAGUUCAUGUUCAUUUUUUCAUUUGCAUUCAAACAAUUUCGGGAGAAUGUUCUUGAUGGGCUUUAUAUAAUAUAAACCGGUAUUUUAUGGCUAAAAUUAUGUAUCUCUUUGAAAACAGGUAUUUUCAGGCAAUACUGACAGAGAUAGUGUUGUGCGUCAAGAAGUUUCACCCGAUCUUGUUGCAAGAUUCAUCAGAAUCCAACCAAAGACUUGGCAAAAUCACAUUUCCAUGAGAGCUGAGGUUCAUGGUUGUGUUGAAG